AUGGAUCCAUCUCAACCCUCAGGCAAUCCAGGGUCCAUCGAGUUCGAGAUUGAUAGCGACCUUGUAUCCCCGACAUCAAACAUCUCGGAACCUACAGUCAUGCCGAGUCUUGCCCCUGAGGACUCUGUACCACCGGCUCCAGUAGCCUCUCAGCAAUCACAAGCCGAUUCGGAAUCAGAAGUUCAAUCGUCAACUCCACCUACGACAGAUUCCGAGGAACUCGAACAUGCCUAUUGGGCCGAGUAUGAGGAGGACACUACUGCACCUGACGAGGAAGAAUUGAAAGAGAUCGAGGGAUCGGAAGCUGACUACAGUGCCCGUGAUCACACAUACUGGGAGGGAAAUUUCUUUCGGGAUUUGGAUGACCCAGAAUACCGGCCAAAGGAAAAAGCUCGGUUAACAUGGAAGAUUAAUGGUGUCCGAGGUACACCCGAGUCGCCUAAUCGCGCAAAGAUUAUGCGUUCUCCGCCUGCUUUCAUUGGUGGAUAUUGGUGGCGAAUGAAGUUUUACCCCCGCGGCAACAAUGUGGGCUCCCUGAGCGUCUACAUCGAAUGUUCGACUACUAUGCCCAGUCCGGACGAGCAACUUCCGGAUACUGAAUUCACCGUUCGUCGUGGCGCAUCCGAGUCUAACCUCAACGAUACUCUACCCGAUAUAUACGUACACACAGCCGCCACAAAUGACAUAAAGACCUGGGAAGAGGAUUACAAAUCCCGUUAUUCAUCUGCAGAAUUGGCUAGUACUCAGGAGAAUACAUCAAAUGCAUCUGAUCCAUGGCGAGUCUCAGCACAGGUUGGGGUCAUUGCAUACAAUCCAGAUGAGCCUCGGACGGGAUGGAUGCAGUCCUCGUCCCAUCAAUUCAACCCUCACAAUUUAGAUUGGGGUUGGACAUACUUCCAUGGUCCUUGGGACCAAAUCCACACUCGUCGACGAGGUCAGCAUCGUGCUCUCCUCAACAAUGAUACCCUGGCAUUCGACGCUUAUAUCCGUGUUAUUGAUGACCCGACCAAGUCACUGUGGUGGCACCCAAGCGACUCAGAGCCAACCUGGGACAGUUUGGCUUUGACUGGUUACCGCCCGCUCGGCGAUUCAAUGAUCAACCAUAGCGCGGAGGUUGCAGGUCUAGCUUCAUGGUUGCAUAUUGCUCCUUUCGCCAAGAUUAUUCAGAGUGUGGAUGUUCUUGAGCAUCUCAAUAAUUGCGAAGUCAAGCCGAAGCCUUUGUGCAAUGCCCUUCAAAAAUUGCUUUGGCAGCUUCGUAGUCGCGCUCAGUCUCUUCAAUACGUGGACACCGAUGCUAUUACCUCUACUUUGCGCAAUAUGCGCGAAUUCUCGGGUGAUGUUUCUGAAUUUUGGGAACGACUUCGCCGUACUCUGGAGCUGGAACUCAUUGGUACGGAUGCGGGCCAGGAGCUUAGCAAACUGUUCGAUAGCCCAAAGUCGAAGUCUUUGCCUCUGACCGCUGGUGAUGUGGUCUCUAUCAACACCUUGCCUACUGAUUUUAACUCUCGCGUCUGCAUGCAAGCCGACCAAGUGAAAUCUACAGGAGAACUAAUGGCUAAAUACCUAGAUGCAAAGUCUGGCUAUUGGUCACUUCCCCCAGUUCUUCAUGUUGAACUUGGACGUCAUUCUUUGGACAAGAACAUGCGCUGGCAGUUGAAUUUCAAUAAGGUACAACUGGAUGAGGAGUUGGAUUUAGAACGGUGGGUUGUUGACAGCAAUGGCGGCAAGUACGUGCUUUACGGCUAUGUCGUCCACCGUGGCCGCCGUACUUCUGGGAAAUUCUUCAGUAUCCUUCGUCCUGCUGGUCCUGGCACCCGAUGGUUAGCAUUCGAUGAUGGAAGUGAUAACCGUGUGGAAUGCCUGACCAACAAGACGGCUCUUGGACCUCAUCUCGGCUUAGACGAUUCUCAAACGGUUGACCAUAAGAAGGGACAUGAUAUCCCGGUUGUCGCCAUGUAUGUUCGCGGUGACAUGGUUUCAGAAUUUCUACCCGGUCCCCAGGGGCCUUGGGAAGUCUCUGAUGCCUUGAAAGAGUACUAUGAAACGGGGGUGCAUUGCCCCACUCCUGCGGCCAGUGAUAAAACCAAGGACGUCCAGGUUGAAGUGUAUUCUUUACCUGAGCAUGAUCAAUUGAAGAGUCUUUUUGACACUUACGAUCUUAUGUCCCAUGCCAAGUCAAACAAUGGGGUCAUGUACAUGAGUCUACCUAGUACGUCACGUCUUGCUGAGCUACGCAAGAAGAUCGCGAUGUGGAAGUCAGCCGGCGAGGAAGUUAUUGGAGCCGAACGAGUUCGUUUGUGGCAUAUUGGUCAUACUCGUUCUCAGUGUGGUCCAACUCUUGCAUUCGAUCAUAUUACCGACUUGAAUGCCCCGCUAGACUCCUCUUCAGAGACUAUGCGAUUCUGGAUGGAAACUAUCUCUGGGGAUGAUGCCAAGUUCUUUGCUAUCCCCGACCCUCCUUGCGCUGCUACUACGGAAGACAAACUUGAAGAAUCUAUUACGGAAAGCCCGAGCUCUGAGGCCGCUGAACUACCACCGGCAGUCAAUGAUGGGGAUGCAAUUGCCAGCUCAUCGGGUGGCGAUGCAAGCCCUACAGAUAAUUCGCCGCCACUCGGGGCGUCAUCUCCAGAAAUUGAUGCGAUGGCUGAAGAGCGCGCUGAACACGAUGCCGUUCUGGCUGUCGCGACCGCCAAUGAUGCAGCUUCAGCUGGUGCUCAGGUGAAUGUUCAUGCUGUCCCUGCCUCUGCUUCCGAGCCACUCCCCGCGACGGGUUCAACAGCCAGUUCUGAGACAUCAUGGCCCGUUGGGCAUGCCUAUUAUUUUAUUCAAGUGUUUGAUGCAGACAACCAGGUCUUGCGCACAGUUGGUUCGUUCUUUUCCAAACUUGAAGCGAAUGUCAAAGCAUCCAUUCGGAAGCAUUUGCAGUGGCCUAUUCGACGGGAUUUCCUCAUGUGGAAACGAGUGGAUGGGACUACUGUCACCACACUCUCUCCAGCUGAGAAUUUCAUGGAUGUUGUCGUGCCACAUGGGGCUUGCAUUAUUGUUGGAGACAAACUGAGCAAAGACAAGCGCUCUCAGCUUGGAUUAUCCGGUCUAUUUUCUAGCCCAGAUCGACUAGUUCAGUAUCUUUGGGCGGAGUCUCGAAACCAUCCAAUUCAAGGAUUCACCGGUACCAAGACUGUUGAAGCCACCUUUACAAGUGACUUCUACAGUGGUGAGUUCUUGAAGGGCUACUAUCACGGACGUGGUAAGCACCUAUCAGCCACAGGCACAGUAUACGAAGGUGACUUCAUUUUCGGACGACGCCAUGGCCAAGGCAAAAUGGACUAUCCCACCGGCGACAUCUACGACGGUGACUGGGUAGAGGAUGUCCGUCAUGGUCAGGGAGCCUUUACCGAAAAGAAGACAGGCAACAAAUAUGUUGGCGGCUUCAAGGAUGGUAAACGCUUUGGUAAGGGUAUCCAUUAUUUGGAAGUUGCUGAUGAGGAAAUGGAUCUGUGUCAGAUUUGUUACUCGGAAGAACAAGAUGCUGUCUUCAUUGACUGUGGUCAUGUUUGCUCUUGUGUGACUUGUGCGAAGCAGGUGGAUCUUUGUCCGAUCUGUCGGAAGAGCAUUAAGAGCGUUGUUAAGAUUUAUAGAACAUAA